GUUGCACCAAAAAGGCAACUGCUUAGGCCAACAUUUUUGCACAGACUCUCCCAAAACGGACUUUAUUCGGACAGACGUUGGUUUAUUUUUGGAGAUCACCUUCCUCUCUUAUCUUUCUUUGGUUUGUGUCUAAACUUGAAACGGAUGAGCAGGUUUAAAAUCAGUCGCCCUUAAUUCUUUUAACUUUCAAUUUCGGACGCGCGCUUGGUAAAAGGCUCUCACACCGUUUUGGAAGAUGUCUGACAGAUCGCAGAGUCCGGAGUGCCAAAUUAGGCCGUAUGACUUCAGCCGGACCAACCCCUGCACCCAGAUUUUGGGUCAAGAUGGUUUGGGCAACCCUGGGUCAUUCCAGCUUCCUCCCAGCGUUCUGCCAGACCCGAGUCUUCUCUACAACAAACCUGCCUACGGUGGCAUCACUCCAGCCUCUGCGCAGACUUUUUUCCCUUUCCCACCCGUGGCCAGUGACUACAGGGGAUCCGACCUGCAGGUUGGCGAGUUUGGGCAACCCAAGCAGUGGUAUCCCUUCGCUGCGCCCGAGUACACCGGCCAGGUACCCGGCGUAACUGCAGCUACCCAGCCUACAAACCUGAGUCCCCCUAUAGCUGAGACACGGGAGCAAAUCAAACUACCCGAAAUAAAGACUGAGAAGGACUCUGGCGAUGACUACUCAACAGAGAUAAAGGGUCAGCAGUACCCAACACUGCCAGCCUCCGCCGCCAUGCCCCAUGGAGUCUUCUACCCUGCGGCCUGGAACCCGUCCUUCUGGCCUGGGAUUGCCCACAUCACCCCACCCGGUAGCAAUAAUCAAAAUCCCUCAACAUCCUCUGCAUCGUCACCAUCCAUGUCCCCUUCACCCCCAAGCAACGGGCUUCCGGGCAACGCGUUUUUCAGCGUGAACACAACACAGGCAGCCCCCGGGCCACAGACGCAGAACCCGGCCUCCUCCACGCGGAGUAGCGGGUCCUCCAGCGGAGGGUGCAGCGACUCUGAAGAGGAGAACCUUUCCACUGAAGAGCUGGAGCAGUUUGCUAAGGAACUGAAACACAAACGCAUUACUUUGGGUUUCACUCAGGCUGAUGUUGGCCUUGCCCUGGGUAACCUUUAUGGUAAGAUGUUCAGCCAGACGACUAUUUGCCGCUUUGAGGCUCUGCAGCUUAGCUUUAAGAACAUGUGCAAGCUGAAACCCCUUCUUCAGAGAUGGCUGAAUGAGGCAGAGACCUCGGAGAAUCCCCAGGAUAUGUACAAGAUUGAGAGAGUAUUCGUUGACACCAGAAAGAGGAAGAGGAGGACCAGUCUGGAGGGGGCAGUGCGCUCUGCUCUGGAGUCUUACUUUAUCAAGUGUCCCAAACCCAACACUCAGGAGAUCACACACAUCUCUGACGAUCUGGGCUUGGAAAGAGAUGUUGUGCGCGUUUGGUUCUGCAACCGAAGACAGAAAGGAAAGCGCCUGGCUUUGCCACUGGAUGAGGAGUGCGACGGCCAGUAUUAUGAGCAGAGCCCUUCCCCACUGAACAUGGCCCCUUCCCCCAUUCCCAAUCAGAGCUAUCCUGCAUCCAGCUACCCUGGAGCCCCCCCUCCCACACUGUACAUGCCCCCGCUUCAUCGGCCCGACGUCCUGAAACAAGCCCUUCACCCCGGACUUGUUAGUCACCUGACAGGAUAAACAUGCUCAAGUGGUCCAGGCCAAAUCCAAAGAUUACCUAUCCAAGCCUCUCUGUCCAACCCCAACUCAAGCUGGAGACAAGAAUCCAAUCACUUGAUCGGCUGAUAACACCAGUAGAUCAUGGAAUAGAAACAAUUCAGGGGAGGGGGCUUCUAUUGACCACAACAAUGAAAUGACUCAAAGUAGCUUCUUGUUUCUGUUCUUCUGCUGAAACUAAACUGCCAUGGGCCGCAUCCUCUAACCACGACCUGCAACUCCACACCUGCAUCUACUUGGACUCUGUACUGUACCUUAAAACUUGUACUGAAUGUUAAAUGUGCCUUUGUGUUUUGUUUUCAUGGAUUAUGCAUCGUAAGUUAUUCCAUAGACUUUAGUCGUUGCAGGUUUAGAACUAAGUAAGAUUCAGUGUUAUAGUAUAGUCCAGUUGUGAAACGACGGUGUAAAUAUGAGCAGGGAUUAAGAACCAGGUCCUUCCUUCCACCUAUGCCAUACUGAACUAUCUGGGUUAUCAAAGGAAUCAUAAUGUGAGGAAUGCCUCUUCAAGCAGAAUUCAUCUUUGACAGUUGGGCCACUAUUUGUGCAGUACUUCUGUGUCCCAUCUGAAAAGAGCAGCUACAGUAUUUGUCUAAACUUUUGUUCCGCUGUAAUGGAAAAUGUAAAUUCUUAUUAGGGUGAAUUUUUUCCAUUGAUUUUGCACAAAGUUGCUUUUGUAAUAUUGAAUAUACUUUUUAAAAUGUCUUGUUUGUAUCCCAAACCCAAAUAUUGUCCUUUAGCUGUUAAUUGUCAUCGACAUCUUGAGCAAAGAAGCAGAAACUAUGGGUGCUGAGAUUCAAAGUAAUAUUUUAAGGGAAUGUGACAAAUGUUUUGUUACUCACAAAUGUCUUCGCUGCUAAGUCGACCAUUUUCCAAUUUUCACACUGUCAGUAUUUUCUCAACCUGACUUGAUCAAUUAUUGUCAAAUUGAGACACUGUAUUCAAAUACCUCAUUUUGAUUUUAUUGUAAAGGUUUUUUUUUUUAUAUUAAUGUUGAAUAACACUCGGUACCAAGUCAAGCCUGAGUUCUCACUGGACUUGUAUUUUAAGUAAGUGUAUUUUUACUUGGUUGACCAUGAUUUGCAGAAAUGAAGACAUUAAAUG